GUUACUUGUAUCCAUGGCAACCAAGACUGUAACUGCGACCACUACUGGCUCGAGCGUCUUUUUAUUACAAAUGAUAGGUCUUCCUUUUUGGAUGGACUAAUAACAACAAGGCAUAAUUUCAAGAUCAACGCAUUGUGUGCCUAUGUAUGAUAAUGGAGGAGGGGUAAAAUUUGACUUUUAGAUGACUCAAACAAGUUUAAAAAUGUCCAAGCAGGUCAAAAAAGACAGCCGAGGAGACCCGCAAGCCUUGAAAUCCACAGGAAUCCACAGCGGGACAUCAUGUAAUCUGAGGAGGCUUCAGGCCCUGCUUGCCAAAAGCAGCCCCAAACAAGAGCAGGUGUUGGGUCAAAGCAAAGCAGGCGGCAGCAGAUUCCACAGCCCGCACCCUCCCAAAGACAGCUAUGGGGAAGCCUCCGAGCUGGAAAAAUUCAGCAUGACAUAUGGAGAGCUGAUAUGUUUUAACAGCCACCCGUUCCAGAAGGCUUUUGCAAACAUUCUCACCUUACUGGUCAACAAUCGCCUCUGCAGUGAUUGGAUGGAGCUGGCACCGCUCGAUUGGGCCCUCAGAGUGCUGCUGUGCCUGCGUUUGCUCAUCAGGGACCCUCAUUAUCAGAAAAUGUUCCAUUGUCUCCAAGGCGUCCAGUCACUUGCCAGGUAUAUGAAGUACGUUGCUGACGUGUACUUUAAAUGUGGUCAACCGGGGCUGGCUGCACAAUCUUUGGUCACUAUGACAUACGUAUUCCAGAAGCUGUCUGCUGUGGACGAUCAAAGGGUCUGGGUCAUCGAGAGUGGCGUUCCCAGAACGCUAGCGAAGCUUCUGUCCACCACAGACAGCAGCGUGCUGCUUGGAGCCCUCACGACGCUCACCACCUUGGCUGAAAGUCCAGAGUGCAGAGCUGAGAUUGGCGAGAUUCCCAUUGUGGAGAACCUUGUGGUCAUCCUACAGGACUACGACCCGUCGUUAAAGUGGAUGGCCGCAGAGCUGCUGAGGGUCCUCUCUGCGGUGCCGCGCAUCAGAGACGAGCUGAGGGAUGCAGAGGCGGUGCCGUUGCUGCUUAGUCUGUUGCACGCCCCCCACCUCAAAUUGCUGUGGAGCGUGGCCUGGGUUCUGGUGCAACUCUGCCAGGAUGCCCGCGCCAGGGCGGAGGUGCGCAGCUGGGGGGGCGUGCACACGCUUCUAAGGCUGCUCGGCAGUGAUCGACAGUUUGUCUGCGACCGCUUGCCCAUCGAGAACCUGUCGAGCGGCAACGCCAACAGCCACGUCCACAGAGAACAUACACGGGAGGAGGUCGGACCUUGCGAGGUUGCCGGCAAGGCCAUGGCCCUGCAGUCAGCCUGCUGCACAGCUCUGACUGAGCUCAGCCUGGAAGACUCGUGUGCUCAUCACAUUGUGCAGGAAAACGGAAUCUAUAUCCUCGCCAAAUUGAUUUUACCACAAAAAUCUGGACCCAACGCGUCAUCUUUGCAGCGUUACGCAUUCCGAGCACUGCGCUUUCUCUUCAGCGUGGAGAGGAACAGACAUCGCUUCAAGAGGCUCUUUCCCACGGACCUUUAUGAAUCAUUUAUUGACGUGGGCCAUUACAUGCGGGACCUGGAGGCCUAUGAGGGUCUUCAAAUCAAAGUGUCACAGUAUUCUGAGGAAGAGUUGGAGAGCCUGCGAGAGAGCAUCAUGGCUGCGGACCACAACCGGCCUGCGCUCCGGCUGAUCAAUGGCUACGCCGUACUGGACCACCUUGGCACUGGUGCCUUUGGGAGUGUAUUGAAGGUGCAGAAGCAGAGAUCUGGGAAUAUGGUGGCCCUGAAAGAGGUCAACCUCCGCAACCCAGUCUUCGGCAAAGACAAGAAGUCGCGAGACGGUAACGUGGAGAAGAUCAUCGCGGAGUUGACCAUCAUCAAAGAACAGAUGGCCCACCCGAACAUCGUUAAGUACUACAAGACCUUCGUGCACGACGACAAGCUGUAUAUUGUGAUGGAACUGAUUGAGGGAGUUCCUCUGCUGGAGCGAUGCAACUCCCUGAAGGAGAAGAAGCAGCGCUUCACUGAGGAACAAAUCUGGAAAAUCUUCAUUCAGAUGUGCCUGGCCCUGCGAUACCUCCACAAGGACAAACGCAUCGUCCACCGCGACCUUACACCCAACAACAUCAUGUUGGGCGACGAGGAGAAAGUCACCAUCACCGACUUUGGCCUAGCCAAACAGAAGCAGGAGAACAGUAAGCUGACCUCGGUGGUGGGCACCAUCUUGUACUCUUGUCCAGAGGUGGUGAAGAAUGAACCAUAUGGCGAGAAGGCUGACAUUUGGGCUCUGGGUUGCAUUGUCUAUCAGAUGGCCACCUUGGAGCCGCCAUUUUACAGCAACAACAUGCUGUCGCUAGCCAACAAGAUAGUUGAGGCCAUCUAUGAGCCACUGGAAGAUGGAAUUUACUCUGAAAGGCUGGAGGACAUGAUCACAUGGUGCUUGAGUCCUGACCCAGAGCGGCGUCCUGACAUUGUGGCGAUCGGCUCCCGGAUUGCCAACCUCAUGAUGAGGCACAUGGACGCUUUGUAUGCUUCUCACUUUGCGCUGGAGAAGCGAGCCGAGCGCGACAGGAAACGGGCGCAGAGGUAUUUCCUGGAAGGGCGCCGGAGCGGGAAAAGCUGCUGCCGCUCAUUCCCGACUCAGAAACAAGCAUUCUCAACACCUGAACUUGUGCACUUUCCGCCAAGCAACAUGGAAGAGAAUCUCAGUUUAGACGAUGCUUCAGAUCGUGAAGAAGCAGAGAAUAAAGACGAGCAAGGGCGACACUACAGAUCAAAAUCUGCCGCCUGCGAUACACCUCAUCUACCUCCAUGUGGGGAGGAUUUAGCGACACUGAGGGUGAAAGCAAAAUCAGGAAUCUGCGUCUCCCUGAGGAACCUUCGCCAGAUCGAGGACCCAGUCCACAGGUUGUUGGUGCAAUUGCACAAGGUGCUCUAUAUCACUCAGCUUCCUCCAGCCUCACGUCACAAUGUCAAGAGGCGGCUUGUAGAAAGAUUCAAAAAGUCGCUGUUUCAGUUUGGCAGUGACCCGCACAACCUGAAGACGGAGCUCAGCAAGCUGGUCCAGGCGUCGUGUGAUUUAAUGGAGUCUGGUUCCAGCAGUCCAGACUGGUGGCCUAUGGUGCUUCCCUCCACCGGAGACGCUGAUGAAGACUCAGGUGACAUUCUGAGAGAAGGAGUCACGUAUGAGCAGAUGCAGGCCGUGGUCGAGGAACUGCUGGAUGAGAGUGGCUACUACCGAGAUGAGAUUGGCAGGUGCGCUUCACCAUGGCGACGAGUUGCUUUCUGUGUGGGCAGCGAGUAGGUUGCACAAACACCACGCGGUGUGUGCGCGUAUUUGUGUGUGCAAAACCACAGACUCAAAUAGAAUUCAAGAAAAACAAGUUUAUAAAGGAAAUGAGCCUGUUUAGUCACAACCACACAAAGUGCAUGUACACACACACACGCUAAUAUGAUGAACAUUAUGAUUUUAAUACGUGUUUUUUUAAUACUACGUACACUGUAAAACAAAUUUACUAAUACAUACAAAUAAUUGUUUCGUGCAUACAUAUAAUUUGCAAAUCAGACUAGAGUAGUUUAGAGUGCAACUACAAAUUUAUGAAAUAAUAAAUGUAAGUUUUAGAAUGUACCUAACAAUUACACAUGUAAACAACCAUUCAAAAAAUAUAAUAAUAAUAACAUUCCAUUAUUGCUUUUUUUGGGAGCGGGGGCUGACAAAACUUAGUGGACAGUACUUUCUUUAGCCACAAGAGGGAGACAAAAGAUUAUAAACACGUCUCAAUAUGAUGUAGUUUGGGCGCCUUUGUUCACUAUUUUACGAGCGUCAUUCUUCCCCGAACUCGAUUAAAGAUCAAAUUCCCUGUGCUUUGUUUUGAUUUUAGGGAGGCAAAGAAGAAAAGCGAGCGCCGUCCGUAUUCGUCCUCUUGAGUCACGAACGCAGAUCUAUCAUUUGAAUUUAUUUAAUGAGCUCUUGAGGACUUUUCUUUUUUCCACCAAUGUCACGUGACACGUGGCUUGUAUUCAGGUAAGGAAGCUUUUGCUCUGUUUUAGUCGCUUUCUUCAGUUUUGCGCUUUAAUCGACACGGAGAAAGAAAACCUCUGCACAAAAAAAGCUUUGUUCAUUUUGGAUACCUUCCGAUUGAAUCGGAGCGUUAUUAUUAAAACAUGGAAUAUGUGAAACCCUCAAAA